AGAUGUUUCAUUGUUCAAACAAUUUUUCGACCCCGUUGGAGACGGAGGUCCCUCGCGGGUAGCUGGUGCGUUCUGCUACAACGUCUGAUACGUGUGUGAAGCGGUGGACGGCCAGUGAGCCAAAAACCCGUUUUCUGAAUUACAACUGCUCCAAAGAAACGACGUAGAUUACCAUCCGUCUGCUGGAACCGAAAUCAGUGCUAGACAACCAACAAGUGAUAGUAAAGUUCUUCCUGCGGUCGAAAGUAACACAGCAUCUCAGAUAGAAAUCAUCGGCUUUCGGUUCUAGUUAGCGGUAUUUGUGUCAAAGUGCGGGUCGGCAAUUGGGCAUGGUGGUAGUCGAUUCCAUCGACAGGUGUUAUUGAAAUUGUCCAUUCAAUGCGCUUGUGCAUCCGUCCUUGAAAGCAAGGGAAGUUUAUAGCAGCUUUACACAUACAUAUACACACCGAGAGUGAAUGCAUCUAGCCAAGAAGGGCCACAUUCAACAGCAUCCUUAUCACAUAAAUUUGAAGACAAACGUAAACACAACGACAGCUUUUUGUUGGGAUGCUGCAACGAGUGAGAGCAAUACAGUGUGAUAAUUAAUACGACUCUAUUGCGCCGUCGGUGUGAAUGAAAGACACGAUCCAAGCAUCAGCCCCCACGGUUGCUACGAUUUUGUUGAUAGAAUUCUGAACAUCUGCCAAAUUACACACGGCUGUUUCGAUAUUAGGGAAAAGCCUAUUCUCUCCUUGUGAUCGAAAUGUCAAGCAGCUGAGUUGGAUCGAAUUUUGUUGCAUUUUUUUUCCACACUACGAAGAGGGAGAACAUAAAGAGAUCAACAAUUUAGCAACGUUGAGAAUUCAGAAGCACCACCACCCGGAAGCUCCGUGCAACGCCGAAUGUCUCGAUGACCGUGGUGGACGAAAGGAAGGCAUUUCGUUGCUACCGUAGCUGACCGAGAGCGAGAGCAGAAAGCGGUGCACCGAGGGGCAUCGUUUUAGUAAACGGAACACUGGAACGGUGAUAGCAGCGAUGUUCUUUCGCGGUGGACUCAGCAUACGGCGCAAUCUAUACACGCGCGUCGCGCUGCUGCUAGUGCUUGGGCUGUUCGUUUUGUUUUACUUCAAAAACCUAAAUGGUUCACCAAAUUCCCUCGGGAGUUCCCUCGAGCAGGCGAAACCGUUACCACAGAUUGCACAGCAUGUAAACGGGUUGGAAUUGUUGGCGGCCGCUGAAGCAGCGGCCAGUAGUUCCGUGAACAAGGGCAACCUACUGCCCGCCCAGACGGGUGACGCACUGUUCGAGCGGCUGGUGUUGGCUGACCUUGCCAAACAGCGACCCGGGCUUGGCAACAAUGGUGAGGGUGUGGAAUUGACCGGCGAUGCGAAGGAAAUUGGCGAAAAACAGUUGGCCACGAUCGCGCUCAAUGAAGAGCUGAGCGAACAUCUAAGCUACAACCGUACGCCUCCGGACGGGCGACAUCCGUCAUGCAAGCGGAAACACUACGACCUGUCCAACCUACCGUCGACGAGCGUCAUCAUCAUCUUCUACAACGAGCCUUACUCGGUGCUGCUGCGAACGGUUCACAGCGUGCUGAAUACGGCCGACGGGCGGCUUCUGCGUGAGAUCAUUCUGGUCGACGAUGGUAGCACCAACGUGGAGUUGAAAGGAAAGCUCGACUACUACGUCCACACCCGGCUCCCGGCGAAGGUGAAGGUGCUCCGGCAACGACAACGUGUCGGAUUAAUACGGGCACGGUUGGCUGGAGCCCGGCUGGCUAAAGCCGAUGUACUAGUCUUCCUGGAUGCGCACUGUGAGUGCAUGGUGCAGUGGUUGGAACCAUUGCUCGAGCGGAUCAAAGAGUCACCCACGAGUGUCCUGGUGCCGAUCAUUGAUGUGAUUGAGGCGAAAAAUUUCUACUACAGCACGAAUGAUUACAACGAUUUUCAGAUCGGUGGAUUUACCUGGGAUGGACACUUCGAUUGGCAUGAUGUAACGAAGCGGGAACGAGCACGACAGAAGCGCGAAUGUCCAGAGAAGGAUCUUGAGAUCUGUCCCACGUACAGCCCGACUAUGGCUGGUGGUUUGUUUGCAAUUUCGCGCGACUAUUUCUGGGACAUCGGCAGUUACGAUGAGCAGAUGGAUGGUUGGGGUGGCGAAAAUCUCGAAAUGUCAUUCCGCGUGUGGCAGUGUGGCGGUACACUUGAGACAAUACCUUGCUCCCGUAUCGGACAUAUAUUCCGAGACUUUCAUCCAUACUCAUUCCCUAACGAUCGCGAUACGCAUGGUAUCAACACGGUACGCAUGGCGAUCGUUUGGAUGGAUGAUUAUGUGGAGCUGUUGUAUCUAAACCGGCCCGAUCUAAAAGAUCAUCCGGAACUGGGAGACGUUACGCACCGCAAAGUGUUGCGUGAAAAGCUACACUGCAAAAGCUUCGAUUGGUACAUGAAACACGUGUACCCGGAGAAGUUUAUCCCAACGCGGAAUGUGUUGGCAUUCGGUCGGUUAACAUCACUAGCGGACAAUCUUUGUCUCGAUACGCUACAGCAGAACGCUGAAAAACCUUGGAACCUGGGCAUCUACACUUGCUUCAAACCGGAAGUUUCAGCUUCACAAUUGUUUUCGUUAACAAAACGUAGCGUACUGCGCAACGAACGUAGCUGUGCAACGGUGCAGGCCAGUAAGUCAGAGUCGAAGUUUGUGGUGAUGAUACCGUGUAUCGACGAUGAUGAUAUCGACGAUACGUGGGAGUUUACCGAGCAUCGACAGCUGCGCCAUAAACAGUCGGGAUUGUGUCUGGAUAGUAGUGAUCUAUCGACGAAAAGUUACGUCCAUGUGGCCACGUGUCAUCCGGGAAUCAAGACACAAAAGUGGGAAUUUCAGCAUCAGUGAGAGAUGUGAAAUCUUUGUGAACAUGUACAUUCGAGCAGCUUGCGACUGGAGCUGUAUAGAAGCGUUACGGGAAACGAAGCUGCUAUACGCUGAUAUUCUUGAAUGUUUGUACGCGAUAAGAGUGGACGAGAUAGUCAGAAUCGGGAGAUGUUACUUGUUGGUGUCCGGAUGUAUGUUUUGUUUGUUUGUGUAUAUGUGUACUCCACUCAAGAUCGCCAACCUAUAUUACUAUCGUCAAAAUAAAACUACUACCACUGACUAAAAUAAACUACUACUCUCUACCGUUAGAGUACUUCGACUGGAAGCAAAACAAUAAUACCUCGUUAAGGUUGAUAACGUAAAAACCAAGCUUAACUCCUGCGUAGGUUAUACACGUGACAUCACAAAAAAAUCCAACAGAUAUCAGAGGACUUAGUUAUUACAAUAGGAUAAUCAGGAAAGGGUAUUAAAGAUAAAGGACACCGUUCCCGAAAGAGUUAGGUGUCUAAUUAGGCAGGAUUAGAACCGGAAUUGCAAUUAGACUAUUUAAAACAUCACCACGUUGUUAGCAAUGGAAUUGUAGUAUCAAAGGAUCAAUAGUAGCCCGAUCGGCCAAACUAAACUAAAUGUGCGAAAUGUAAGUUAUAUGUAUGUAGCUUUUCAAUGAACUUGUGUGGAAUUGAAAAGGUGAUUGAUGAAUCGAAAUGGACCUAUGUACCGAGCACCAUUGUGCUGGCCUAGCGAUGCAGACAAUGCAGAAAUGAUUUUGUAAGACUUAUUUCGACAGCUAUUGCUUCCAAAUGUACGUUUAAAAUCUGCUGAAUCGUAUUCAAAAAAAAAACAAAAUAUCGCUCAAUCGUUGUUUGAAAGGGAAAAACGAAUAAAAUUGUAACCGUUGACUCAAUCGUUCACUAGAACGUAAGAUGCUACAAACGUGCAAAAAACAAACAAAAUACCAUUCCUUCCGUAAAUGUACUCGCAGUUAAAACGACUGCAGAUAAUGAUUAGGCAUUUCUAUUAAGUUGAAACCGUUAUGUUAUAGGAUAGGCCCUGAACUGUAUAGCAGACACUGAUUGAUUUUUUUUCGUAACCUUUUACAUCAAGCACAAAUGUGGAUUGCUCUUUGAUAUAUUGAUCAUUUAUCGAGGGACAAAAGUACAUCACAGAUAUGUAAUGAAACGUCACGAGAUGUGUUUUAUUUGAUAGUAAAAGUGGACACGAAAAGGAAGGUGAUUUAAAAUGGGGAAGGUACUUACGCGAAUAUGCUUCGUACAUGUUGGCAGUUGUACAAGCAAGGCAAACAACACUAGAAGCACACUUCUUACAUCGAAGAAAGCAUAAAUACGUUAAUCUGGUAGCGAAAAGGAAUGCAAGAAAUAGAACUCAAAAGUGCCACAGAACUUAACAUUAAAAAUAGUGCCACGGUAUUAGAGGAAUGCCGCGAAUGAAGAGCCGAUUGCAAGAGACUAACCGAAUGAACUAUGAAGGAAAUAGAGAUAUUUUAUGUAUAUUGAGGAAAGUGCGCUAGCUUACUUAAGUUCUGCCAACAUGCGCCAUCACUAAAUGCCAAAUGUGCUUUCCAUGCAUCGAUGCGCACCCAUAAAACUGCUUAGCAAAAGAACGAGAAUAAGCUGCUUGAAAAAAAGGUGAAGAUUGAUUGAAAUGUUUAGCAUCAGCAAGUCCGCGUCGGUAGGAAUUGUUUAAAAUGAAUCGGUAUAAGAUAGGGACUUUGCUCAACAUUCCUUCUGGGUCUGCAUGGCAUAGUUUUCUUCAAUGAGUGAAAAUAUCAAACAGCAUCACGUAAAUCAGGCACUGGGGAAUGACAAAUAUGUGAAAAUUGUACAAUACAAGAAGUGGUAAGCAUGCUCGCCACGUGAUUGGCAUAGUACGGAGACUGGUGUACAGGAAUGAGGGGGAAAUUGUUAUAAUAAACUAUUUGUUUAAAAAUA